AUGGAGGACUUAGAUCAUAUCUGCAAUAAUAGUCCUUGGGCCGUAGAUGGUGCUAUGUUUGUUCUGGAAAAGUGGAGACCCAAUUUGGUUUUGGAAAGGCUUCAGCUAAACUUUAUAGCUGUGUGGGUUCAAUUGCAUGGGCUUCCUAUAGAGUAUCAGUACCCAGAACUUGCAGAAAAGAUGGGGAUGUUGAUGGGUAUAGUGGAACGUGUGGAUUGGGAAGACCGUAUACCACGCAAUAUCAGGUUUAUGCGUGUUAGGGUGCAAGUUAAUCCUUGGAUGCCUGUGAUUACAGGAUUUACGCUAAAGCUAGAUGAUGGUUCCAAAACCUGUAUUCAAUGCAAGUAUGAGAGGGUUCAUAAGCUCUGUAAUAGGUGUGGUCUGAUAGGGCAUACCCGUAGUCAAUGUACUCAAAGCAUGGAAGACGUGGAGAUGAUGUUAUUCCGUCAGAGGUAUAGGAUUCAGAAUUUACACCAGCUUAGGAUUGUGAAGAAAAGAAUUCACAAAGAAAUUGGUAGAUUGGGGCGAAAUAUUCGUAGGAAAUUGCUAUGUGGUUUUUAUUCAAGAGUUUCAACAACUGGGGACUGUGAGGAAGAUUUGGAACAUGCUAAGUUGGAGAUUGAGAGAAAUAAAGCAGAGAAUGUUGUACAGGAGAGUUUGGAUGCUAUACACACUGAGAAUUAG